CAUGUAUUGCCUUUGAUGGGAACGUUGCCCCCGUUAGUGUGGCCGCCACGUAGCCACGUCAGUUAGCAUGUCUGCUGCUGUGCGAUGUCUUAUCACCGUAUCGUAUUCAUAUUUGUGGCUCAUGCUUAUUAGAUUUCCCACGCAGUUUCUAGGCAGGAUACGCCCCGCUGCUACACGAUUGGCUCCUGCGCCGCGGGAAGGGCAGACUUCGCAGCAGAUGUACAUGACCGUCCCAAACGUGUAUGACAUUUGCACGACAUAAAAAACGAAGAACUUUGUUAUGGUUAGGUUGAGGGCUAGGGUUGGUCCUAAGGCGGUUUAGGAUGGGUUAAGGUUAGGAUUAGGGUGGGUUCGUGUUAGUGGGAAACAUUAACGCCGCUACACUUAACUGUGGUUUCUUUUUGACCAAGCUUGUAAAGUUUCAGCAUAAAACAGGAGAUUAAUCAACCCGUAAUAUAUUCGUCUGCUAGUGUUACUUAUUAAUUAUUUCCAUUCGACAAUGUCUUACACUCUACCUCAAUCGCGACUCUAACAAGGAUAAGCGGAUAUCCGAAAGAAGUCUGACAAAUCGCGGGAGCCCCUGAAUGCAACACACUGGAGGGCGGGGCUUUUCUAUUAGUGAGUCAAGUUGCAGUUUGUCUGAAAUUUAAUCAAUGUGGUUGGUCCACGCACGCAGAACAGUGAACAUAGCUCUACGCCUAAAGGGAAAAAUAAGAGUAGCUGCUGCUUUCAAGUAACCAUCUUGACAGGUGCAGAGGAGAGCGGAAGGUUGACAACAUGAGUCCACUUGUCCGGGUCAUCGUGGUGGGAGCAGGCUGUCGAGGAGAGAUCUAUUCCCGAUAUGCUAUUAUCCACCCUGACCGUGUGCAGGUUGUUGGAGUCGCCGAUCCCCGGAAGUUUGCUCGCACUAAGUUCCAACAAUUGUAUAACAUUGCAGAUGAGAACCUGUAUGAAGACUGGCGCAUUUUAGCUGAAAGAGAGAAGUGUGCAGACGCCGUUUUAAUUUGCACACCAGACACCCUUCAUAAGGAUCCUGCAGUGGCCUUUGCAAAGAAGGGCUACCAUGUCCUUCUGGAGAAACCAAUGGCCGAGCUGAUAGACUCCGGUGUCAUUGGUGAUGUGAUCCACAUUCAGCACUUUGAGCCGGUUGGCUUUUGUCACUUUGCUCACUCCUUCGUUCGUGGAAACUGGAGGAAAGAAGCAGAGAGCUCUUUUGCUCUUCUGGCCAAAUCAUGCCACGACAUCGACCUGAUCCAUCAAUGGGCCGGAGCACGCAGGUGUUUGAAAGUGACGUCGUUUGGCUUCGUCAGCCACUUCAGUCAAGAAAACAAGCCAACAGGGGCUGCUGUUCGCUGCCUGGACUGUUCAGUCGAGGACACAUGUCCGUACUCGGCAAGCAAAAUCUACCUGGACAGAGUGAAAAAGGGCCACACUGGCUGGCCCAUUUCCGUCAUAUGCCCCAACUCUUUCCCAGACAUUGAGACGGUAACUGAGGCUCUCAGGACUGGACCGUACGGCCGCUGUGUCUACGAGUGCGACAACGAUGUCUGCAGUAACCAGGUUGUUAACAUGGAGUUUGAAGGUGGUCUGACUGCAGCCUUCUCUAUGGUUGCUUUCACUGAAGAUAUCGGCAAACGAAAAACAGCCAUCUAUGGCAGCAAGGGCGAGUUGUCAUUUAAAGAUGAGGAGAUUCGGGUGUUUGACUUUCUGACCCAGAAAGCCACCAAACAUGUGGUAAACGUGGAUUGCCCCAUGCACUUUGGCCUGUCUGGACACGCUCAAGCUGAUUACUUCUUGAUUGAUUCUUUCAUUUCUGCUGUGACUAACAAUGACCCAUCGCUCAUCGCUUCCGGUCCUGAAGAGACACUGCAGAGCCACUUGCUGGUGUUUGAGGCAGAGCGAUCGCGACAGGAAAGCAGGGUGGUUCAAUUCAACCACUCUGGAUGAUCUCCUCAAAAAACUAACACAAUGAAGGAAAAUAGUAAUGAUUUACUUCAGAAAUAAUCAUAUUUGUGGUGGGGUACACUUUUAAUAUUUGUGUGCUCAGUAACAUUUAAUUUUAUUAUUUAUGCUUAAUUAACAUAAACUGGCUGUGACAUGAUGUCUCACAGUAACCCAAUCAAGGAAAUACUUGAACGAAGACUUUCAGAUUGUAUUUGUGCACUCUGCAUAUACAUCAAUGGCUUUUUAACACCAUGCCUGCCUUUUUAAAAUGUUCUUACGAACCAUAAGUCUGGCGGCACAGUAAGGCAUGUCAACUUUAGUUAGAGGUUAUGGGUCACCAAGUGUUUGCGGUUCUCACCUGUAAAAAGGAACCAAAAGGGGUGUGAAAGCACCCUUCUAGCCACCCCUACGAUGUCCCACAGGGUACCAUCCUAGGUCCGUUACUAUAGUUACCUUUUAGGUCAAAUUCUCAACAGCGUCAGAUUAAUUUUCUCAUUGCGGUCUAGUGAAAUCCAUAACCUCUCCCCUUGCUGACUGUCCCAUUUGACACUCUCAUUAAAACAAUAUCCUGUUUCUUCACACCACUGGGAAGACAUCUUUGUUCAUGGUUUUACCUCCUCUAAUGUACUUAUUUCUCUCCUUCCUCAGGUUAUCUUCCCCGUCUUGUUGCUGUUUUUCUUUCCCUCUGACUUGCAUUUUGCACCUGCAUUGUAAAGCACUUAGUAACCCAUGCAUGUGAAAAGUGCUGUGGACAUUUGAUGUACUUUUAAGGGGAAUGGACACUGCAAGUCUAUGGUCAGGGUAAAAAUGGUUAUGAAUUGAUAUCUAAAACAGCUACCCAUGUAAACAUGUAUUUAUAACCAACUGUUUUUCUUUAGUUCCACUGACUUCCAUUCUGCUUGAACCUGAGACUGUAACUACAAGCCUCACAACACAAUGUAUGUAAAUGUGUUAUCUACAAGUUGGAAGCCCAGAGACAGACUUUUUCACAGUCCACACUUUUUUGCUGUGACGGGCCAUUGCUGGUAGCCCAAUUCAGGAGAAGCAGGUCAUCUGGGGCCUGGUGUAAAAAAAUUGCAUAGGAUCCACAUUAAAAGUAGACAUGUGCAGGAAAGCUGCAGUAGUCCACAUAAAAACAUCUCCACAUCAGGACCAGCCCACUUUUGGCCAUCAUCCAUGGCCAAUGUAGAGUAGCUCAUUAAUGUUGAUGCAUAUACUAUGCACAACACAGACCCCUGGUCCCUCUGUCUUUGUUCUCUUUGAGUCUGAGGACAAAAUGGGGGAAUAGUUAUAUCUGUAACCAAACCCAAUAAAAAAUAGAAUAAGCUUUCCUGUCACUGCUCUUCUCCAUGCACUCACCCACUUAUGGGCUGCUGUGGGAAGCUAUCCUCUCAUUUGCUCCCUUGCUUCCGGAACGACUGCCUUUCCGGGCUUUGUCCUCACUGCAUAUCACACAAUAUUUCAAUUCAUACAUUUGCUUUCCCUUGAAAAUGAUCAAUAAGCACAUAUUUGACAGACUUUAGAUAAAUAUAUUGGGGUGCCUAAAAUGCAAUAAAGAAUUUGGAGAGAAAGAAAAGGAUUUGGUCUGCUCUUUACAUGAACGUUACAACAGCUUCCACUCUUCUGGAGAGACUGUCGGAAUGUUUGUCUUUGGGUUACAUACAGUCUUAUUCCAAAAUAAACACACAACCCCCUGCAAUAACAACAUGAAAAAAAAUUCACAGCCUUUGCUCAAUACUGUUUAUGCAACUUUGACUACAUUUACAGCCUCAAGUCUUUAUAAAUAUGAGGUGUGGUAUUGUUGUUGAGCUUCUGUGGUAAUUUCCAUGCUAAUCUUUUGCCUUUAUGCAUUCAGCAAGUGCUGGGCAAUAUGGUCUUAAGGUCUCAAGAUUUUUUUUUCUUCACAAAAAUGCGAUUAAUUGUCAACUUUAGUCUAUUCCCCCCCCCCCCUUCACUUAUAUUAAAAGCAAAUGAGUAUAUGACAUUAUUCAAAUCAAGUGUUGUACUUUUUUUUUUCCCUUCUGAAAUUUGCUUUAUUUUUCCUGAUACCAUUUUUUUCCCCCAAAAGCAUGACCUAAAAACAAC